AUGGGCGGCCGGCGAGCGUGGCUGGCGGCCCUCUGCCUGGCCGCCUGCUUGGGCUCGGGGCUCGUGGCUGCUGUCGAAGAAGAGGCAAAUUCGGAGAACUGCGGCACGGGCUCCCUCUCCUUUUUUAGCGCACCUGCUGAACGCAGCCGCUGGCCAUGGAUGGUGUCGCUGAGGCAUCCCAUCUUCAAUCAACAUGUGUGCGGUGGCACGUUGGUGGCUGCAGAGUGGGUCCUUACAGCUGCUCACUGCGUGGACCCUGUGCACGGAAGCACAACAGCAGUGAACAACCCAAUUGCAUGGAUUAAUGGGUUGGAGCUGAACAAUGCGUCCGAUUUUGCAGAGAGAAUCAACGUCACUCAGACUUUACCACACCCCAUGUUUCAGAACCUGAUGCACGAUCCAUACGAUGUGGCGCUGCUGAAACUCGAACAGCCCUCAAAUGUCACUGCAGUCAAGCUUGCACCAAUGAAUUCGAUGCUGGUGGAGGAUGACUGGCUGGCCAACAUGGGCUGGGCCCGAUCGACUGCCCGGGGUCCCUUCGCUUCCAGUAUGCAAGAGUUUCUUCUUGACUUCGUCGACCAGGAGGUGUGCGAUGCAGAGACAGAACCGUCCACUGGCAUGGUCUGUGCGGGAAAUGGAAUGGCCGAUGCCUGCUCUGACAGUGGGACCCCCCUUGUGCGGGUGCUGUGCCCAGGAGCGGACGAGCAGAUCGGCGUGACCCCAAAUCCUGCCGGGGAAUGUGGCGCGUCAGGAGCGCCAAGCACCUAUGCAAGCUUGACCAACCCUGAUGUGAGGGAGUUCAUUACUGAUACACUGAGUGAAGACAAGAGCUGA